AUGAGUACUGAAGAGUAUAUUACUCAUGUUAGAUGUGGAAUUAAGAAUGGGAAUAACUCAGACGCCAUUCAGACUUUGAUUAUGGCUGUUAAUUCCUCUCCUACAGAAAAGCAAUCAGAAGAAAUUGAUGAGUUGAUAAAUGAAUUGAUAGAGUCUAUUGGUGAUAAUGUUAAUUCUUCUGUAAAGAAAAUGUUAGAUCAAUUGACUCAAGGUAAAGACCGCAGUAAGCAGGCUCAAUUAUCUACUUUGGAAAAAAUGUCAGCUACUGUUGAUACUACUGAAAAGGCUUCUAGUGGCUUUAGUGUGAGAUCAUUGGCUUCUUCCAUUGCAGGUGUCAUUAAAGGUGACUCUAGUUACAACCAAGAGAGUACCAGAUCCACUAGUGAAAGUAAACAGAGUACUGGUUUCUUUGGUAGUGCUAAGAACGACACUACUGAGUCAACUAGAUCUACUAAUGACGCUAAAGAUGCCAAGGAUGACAAGGAAAGUAUGGGAUUUUUUGAAAAUUUAAAGAAGGAUAUCUCUGAGACUGCUGAAGCUGUCAAGGCUGAUUAUAAUAAAGAAAGAACUGGUUUCUUUGGUAGUGCUAAGAAUGACACCACCGAAUCUACUAGAUCCACUGAUAAUACCAAAGAUAAGAAGGAAAGUACUGGCUUCUUUGGCUCUAAGAACGACACCACCGAAUCUACCAGAUCUACUGAUGACACUAAGGAUACCAAAGAUGACAAGAAUGUCAAGGAUGCCAAGGUUGCUAAUGACGAAAAGAAUGAUAAGGACACCAAGGACACCAAGGACACCAAGGAUACCAAGGACACCAAGGAUGACAAGGACACCAAGGAUGACAAGGAUGACAAAGAAAACACUGGAUUUUUUGAAAAUCUAAAGAAGGAUAUCUCUGAGACUGCUGAAGCUGUCAAGGCUGAUUAUAAUAAAGAAAGAACUGGUUUCUUUGGUAGUGCUAAGAAUGACACCACCGAAUCUACUAGAUCCACUGAUAAUACCAAAGAUAAGAAGGAAAGUACUGGCUUCUUUGGCUCUAAGAACGACACCACCGAAUCUACCAGAUCUACUGAUGACACUAAGGAUACCAAAGAUGACAAGAAUGUCAAGGAUGCCAAGGUUGCUAAUGACGAAAAGAAUGAUAAGGACACCAAGGACACCAAGGACACCAAGGAUACCAAGGAUACCAAGGACACCAAGGAUGACAAGGAUGACAAAGAAAACAUUGGAUUUUUUGAAAAUCUAAAGAAGGAUAUCUCUGAGACUGCUGAAGCUGUCAAGGCUGAUUAUAAUAAAGAAAGAACUGGUUUCUUUGGUGGUGCCAAGAACGACACCACCGAGUCUACCAGAUCUACUACAGAUUCCAAAAAUACCACUGAAUUCACUAGAUCUAAUGAACAUGAAGAACAAAGUUCAUUUGGUAAAACAGUAGCAGACGCGACUUCUCGCAGCAAAGAGGCUAUAUCUUCUACCAAAGAUCAAGUUAAGAAUACAAUGACAGAAAACAAAAAGGAAAUUGAAAACUCUUUUUCUAAACCUUCAAGAGAAGAUUAUUCCAGUUCUGCUAAAUUGGAUUCCACAACAAAAGAACCAAAGACCUCUGUAUCUUCUACCAGUAGAUCAACCAUUGACUCUACUACUGAUAGAAAUGUAAAGCAACAAAGUUCUCCAAAACUUGAAUCCACAUACAACAAUUCUAAAGACGAAAGAAAAGAAAGCUCUUCUAGCAACCCCCAGCCAAACAAUUUUAAUUCCAAGUCAACUACUGCUGACAACACCCAGGGACAAAGAUACAAUUCUUCAAAGAACGAUACCAUUACUAAAAAUUCUAGCAACGAUUCAUCUCGUUCUUCUAGUAAACCUGUGUCUAGUUCUGGCAGUACCUAUUCAUCUAAUAAUUCUGAUAAAUAUGGUUCUCCUGCUAAUACUUCCUAUUCGUCCACCAGUGCUGACAAGCCUUUUAAUACUAAUAAUGCUUCCAAUUAUUCUAGCAACGACAGUAAAUCUGUUUCUGCUAAUCAUUCUUCCAAUACCACUAGCAGCUCUUCAAGAGCUGGGGAUUUGAAGAAUACCACAACCCAAUCAAAAAGUCACAACACUGGCAAAGAAACCGUUCGUGACACUGUAGACACUUCUUGUAAGAGUGAUAAUUUGAAGGAUAAUUAUUCUAAAGGCACUACAACAUCUCAAAGAGAAGAAACCUAUUCAUCCACUAAGGUUAAAGAAACAGGACAUAACAAAUCUCCUUCUAAAUCAAGUGUUAACCAAACGAGUUCAUUUGAAUCUACUAAUUUGAAGAAAGACACUAAUAAAUAUGAAACAAAUAAGAACUCUUCUAAAUAUACUACUGAGUCUAAGAAGAAUUCAUAUACUGCUAGUCCUGCUACUUCCACAAUUCCAGUCUCUAAUUCUACAGGCGUGAAUUCGAGUUCCAGUUAUUCCACUUCAGGUAAACCAGUUGAUAAAUCUUAUCAAUCAUCUAGAGUCUCUGAAAAGGUUGAAUCUGUAAAUUCAUCAUCCAAUACCACUUCUAAGCCAAUUAGUACCUCUACAAAAUCUGAUUAUAGCAGUACUAACAAGAAUUCGAGUGAAAUUCAUUCUAUCUCUCCAAAGAAGACCUUAAAUGUUUCCACCAAGGAUAACAGUCAUCACCACAACUCUUCUCAUGGUUCCAAGAAGAAUUCUUCUUCAAUAGGUAAUUACACAGAAGACUACACCUCUACAGCUAGUCCAACAAAGACUACUUACAAUGCUAAUAACACUACUAGUACUUCAAGAGAUAGUGGUUAUACCUCUGCUAAAAUGGCAGGUUCUUCUGGUUACGAAACAUCAAACAAGAUGAGUGCAAACAGCAACACUCAGUCUUAUGCUAGUAAUGACAUGACAUCUUCAAACACAACUACUUCAUCAAAUGGUAAGUAUAGAGACGAAACCAAACGUCGUUAUUAG